AUGACAUCUCAGCGUAUCGCAUUCAAGGUUUCUGGAACCGUGCAAGGAGUGGGAUUUCGGGACUUCACACAGAAACGAGCUACCGAGUAUGACUUGAGAGGAUGGGUUAAGAACACGCACUGCGGAAGGGUUGAAGGAGAGGCUCAAGGAAACGAGGAAUCUCUGCAGAAGCUUCUCAAAGACAUCAACAAGGGACCUCGUCUAGCACAUGUGGUCAAGGUCGAGCAGAAAGAGAUUGCCGCUAAGGACGGUGAAGAGGGCUUCUCAUGCUACAGGACAUCCGAAUCCGGGUUUGCCAAUAUUGAGUGA